UACAUUAAAUAAAGAAGGGGUCACCGAGUGUGUUGUGGUCUGGAUGAGCGUAUCAGACUACUCUAAUGGAUUAUUUGUGUUAAUUUUCAAGAACAAGUGUCUUAGAAUAGAUAAAAAUUAUUUGUUGUUUAUAAUAAUCCAAUAAGAAUAGUAACCGCAGUCUUUUCUGAAUCAUCUACCCCACCCACCAGAACAAACUGUCUAGGCGCAUCAUAAAGCUGAACAUACCAACUUCAAAAAUGGGGUGCUGUCAGUCUGAUCAGCACAAACAGAACGCGCGAUAUGGACGCCUGAAAAAUGAUUGCGAGGACGUGGUGACAUGCAACUAUCAAAGUAUUUUGACAAACGCCAGUCAAGAACACAUUGAAGAUUUAGAACAGUAUCGCAACACGUUUGAAGAAUCUUUAGAAGAAAUAAAAGGGCUUGAUUAUGACAAGACCCUCAUCAAUAAACUUAUUGAAAGUAAUACAAAAAUAGUGACAUUAUUCCUGCAUGAACAGUACAAGUUGAAAAUCAAAAUGCUUACAUUAGAAAAAGAUCAACUGAGAGCAUGCAUUAAACCAUUAGAACAUCAGCUAAAGGCAUGUCUUUUCUUCAAUGAUAAAGACGAUUACAUGGUUGACGAUGAUGCCGAUGAUGACAAUGGCGAAGUAACUGCAUUGCGCGAGACAAAUGCAGAGACAGCUUAUCCACGACAGAAUGUGAGACACAGCGAAGGUGACCAAAUAGCAAAUGAAGAAACGGAAAUUAAACGUAUUGAAACCGAACAGGAAAAUGAUCCUCGAUACCAGAGCGAGCUACUUUUUGGAAAAGUAAUAGAUCAGUUAGUAGAAGAAAAGCAUUUACUUGAUGAAAGGUAUGCUCAAAUUGAACGAAAAUUGGAUGAAAGUAGUGAUAAUAAGGUUGAGAUUGAACGGCUGAAAUGUAUGAAGGACGAACUAUACAGAAGAUCGAAAAUGAAAGAAGAAGAACUGGAAGAUGUAAAGAAAGAUAAGACCUCUUUCUAAGAUUGUGUUAACUAUUUUGUUAAAAAAGAACCGGUUUUAAAGAAAAAACUUGUUAACAAGAUUGUUGACUUGCAAAGGCGGCUUAACAAAUCAAAUCAAUACAAGAACGACGUUAAACAGAAGAUGUUCGAUUUGAAUAUGAAGCACAGUGCAGAGGUUAAACAAUUGACAGAGAACAUUAUUCGUUUAGACGACUCGCGGAAAGAGAGUGAAAGCAACUGGUCUUCUAAAUACCAAACCCUGAUAAUUGAAACACAGCAGAAAGAGCAAAUAUAUAAUGAAAUGCAUAGAAAAUACGAAAAUGAUUUAGAACUAAACCGGCGUCGCAUAUUUGAACUUAUAUCAAAAAGGGAGAACACAUCAAUGGAACUUAAACUAUCAAACCAAAGAACACAACAAUUCAAAGCCGACAUAGAAGAGAAAAUAAGGAGCUUACAACAAAGUAUGCAAGUAGAAGAAUGCUAAGACAGUCACGCUGAAGACAAAAUGUAGCAAAAGGAACAAACCAUUUCCAAAUAUCUACUACAACUGGUUAAUGCCCAAAAGGGAAUACAUGCAUUAAAAAGGGUGUUCAUUCACUAGAAGAAAAAGAAUUGAGUACAGAAUCACUCACAAAAAUUACGGCGAAAUGACUGUACUAUUUUUAUCCGAAGACCAGAUGGAAUUGGUGCUUACCAAGCCAAUCUUAACGACACGUUAAGCACAUUUUUAGAGAAAUCAGACCUUGGUUCGCCGUGUGCAGUUCACCAUAACGGACAACCUUUAAGACAAGAUCUGGCUUUAAGAGAUAAUGACAUUCGGACUGGUUUUACACUAACACUUGCUUAUAAUUUAAGCAAUUAAUUGCCUGACCAACGAUCUCAAUUAAAUAAAACUGAGACUAUACCAAUUUGAUAAGUUAGUCAUUUAUUUUUCAUUAUUAUUUUGAAAAAAAUAUCAGCGAGCGAAGAAGCGCUGAAAAUAGAAAUGCUAAUUUAGCAUUGAAAUAACGUGAGUUCAUAUGCAAACUUGACAUAAUUCUUCUUAAGUGAACUCAGUUUAACAGUUGGGCAAAUAAACAUACUGUGUCACUAAAAGCAAGCAUAAAACAUCAUUUGUCAGUAUAACAAAUUGUGUGUACAUUUCCCGGACAACUGUGGAGUUUGAAAUGGAUGGUAAUAUUCGAUAUGCCUCAGCACAAGUACAUGUAUUAAUUUAUCCUAGUUGGUAAACUUUCCUAAAUUCAUAUUUUCCUUAAUUAGUUUGUGUUUUCUAUCAGAGUAACGUGAGUGAUCAGCAGAUUGUGAAGCUUCAUACGAAUGUUGUUCACAAUUGCAAGUAUGAACAAUAAAAACUGUGUGUGUAUUAAAUAUAAGAUGUAUAUGAACAAUAACAGAUUCACUCGUAAACUUUACACUUUACCUCUAGUUUAAUUAAAUUGAUUUUCAUAUUUGGUCAGGAUAGUUUAUAGGGUAAAAGAUUAUGUGAAUUAUUCAAUGGUUAUUAACGGCGUAGUCUGUUAUUUAUGAAGAUAUACGUUUAUUUGUUUUACAUUUCUGUUCUUACAACGAUUCAUUCACAUUUGCGUGGCAAAUAAAAGACACUUUCCGUUAUCAUUAUAAAUUUAUGCCAAGGGAAGUAACCAGCUGUAAAUUUAUAGUUGAAAAAUUAUAUUAAAAGACAAACGUGAAUUCUUGUUAUUUUACGAUAUCUAUUGACAAUUCACGCGCAUUAACAUUUCUAUUUGACCUUAAUCUUCUAAUAUUGUAAGAUUGGUUUAACCAAAGACUUGGAAACUGCAUUGUUAUAAUUCAUUGGACCGAAGAUGUUUUAGGGAUUGGCUACCAUUACAAAAAUAUUAUAAAGUAUAUUUCCCGAUUGGCGGGCCUGUCCAGUUGAAGGCAAGAAUUGGUGUCAUUUAGUGUGAAAUUUGGAAAACGCCCGCAAUUUGUAUAACACAUAUUGGUAAAAGUUAGUGUACUUUUAUUUACAUAAUUGGACAAUGAUGUCAAUAUAAAUGUUGUCUUUGAAUGACGUAAAGUAAUACAAAUAACUGGCUGUCAUAUGUGAUAUUAUGAUUGUAUAUGAAUAUUGGUUUGGUAAUGUGAUAACAACAUUACUGAAUUGAUGACGAUGUUUUUUUCUACUUUUUCUUAUUUAUUCAGAGAUUAUAUAAUUGUUUUACCUAGACUGGAGAGAAUGUAUAAGGAGCAAGCCUGUAUUGACUGUGAAUUAGGAAAUUGAGAGUUAUAUUGAAUUCGAAAACCAUCGAAAUUGAAACAUUCCUCACCAUUUGUUUUAACUAUUCCACAAUGAUAUCACACUACCAACAACGCGUAUUUUGCACAUUUCGCACAUCGCCGCGAUUUUUUCUUACUGCGUUAUCGUUUUAAUCUAUUUUUUACUAUUCCCCGAUCGGUAGUGUCAUGUAACAAAUGAGCGUAACGGAAAAUUCGCAUUGAAAUAAAUUGAAGAUAUUGUGAACUUUAUGAUAGUGUGGACAUUGACAAGCAGUAUAAAAUCUUGAGUUUAUGCAGUACAUAAACAGUGAUAGGCAAAGGUAAUUUACAAAAAAAAAUAGUAUAUUGCAAAAACGAAUAUGAUUAAAUUCUUAAAAUUGAUAAAAUUAGUCAACUCAAUUCGACUCAAUAUUAUUUUACUGUAUCACAGUUUAAAUUUAAAUAAAAGCAUGUGAAAACUGGAUAUGACUACAGUUUGACACAAGUAAAAGAGGUGGAUAAAUAGCUUAAAAGAUAAAUAGAUUAAUACAUACAAUUAGUAAUGAACUUUUAAUGCUGUUGGUGACUUAAUUCAUUUGUGCGCGUUAUAUACGUAUUAUUUUGCUAGCUAAAUGAUGUUUUUGCGUGUUUGUUCACAUUUUAAGUAAUUCACAUUUUAAAGACUUGAUCCUAAUGCUAUAUAUUAUUGACGUCCAUAUUAUUAUAUUGAUAAAACCUUAUCUCUUUCUCUGAUAUUAUGUUUUGAUAUAUGUUCUUAACACAACUUUGCUUAUUAUUAUGUGCGAUGUGUUUGUAAUAUUAGAUGUACUACGUUUAAUGUAAUAUUGACUACAGAAAAUGCACGUAUGUGUUAACAUGUUGAUGGAUUAGACUAGUCUUGAAUAUGAAAAUUAUUUAGACAAUUUACCCCAAAGUUGACUGCGACUCCCUAUGCACCCACUUCAUAUUCAGACUGGUAGAUACCCUAGAAAUAAUAUUGUUCGAAACCAAAUAUAUUGUCUUUGUUGUAAUUCCAAUGAUAUGUUAAGCUUUUAAUGAUUUUAGAAAGAAAUAUAUUAAGAAAUGCUAUUAUACAAGACCGUCUGUAUUAAAAUAUUUACAACUAUUGCAAUCAAAUAAUAAAAUAGAGCUUAUUAAGCUAUGUCUGUUUGUUAAAGAUUCGCUUAAUGUAAGAUCCACAAUAAAUAAUGUUAGAACUUAAUAUUGUAACAUUUGUUCAUUCUCUGAUUUAGAUAGAUGAUAUUUUGUAUAUAUACUCGUUUGAAUUACAUUGUUUGUUAUUAUGCAUACACGUUUACAUUGAUCAGUAUAAACAUAUGUGUUGAAGACGAUGUACA